AUGGUCGUGACUCCAACUUUCCCAGUGACCGCCCUGACUUUGACCCGCACCCGCGUGCUGUCGGCGCCGCGGCUGGAGGCGCGCUCCUCGUCCGAGCCGCAGCUGUCGCGCCUGCCGCCGGGCCUGACGGUGGACGAGCUGCCCCGCUACCGCCGCCGCCGCCCGCCGCAGCACCUCUGUCCACAGGACAACCUGAGGCCGGCGCGGGACGCCUCCUUCAAGGCCGUCAAGUCCGAGUACCGGCGCCGCUUCCUCUCCUACCCGUUACAGCGCGAGGAGCACGCCCGGCACGCGCGGCGGCCGCGCGACCUGCUGCGGCUCGAGGGCGAGGCGGACUUCUCGGCGGAGUACCGCGACCGCUUCGUCGCCUUCCCGCGGCAGCGGCCGCGGCGCUGCCGUCCGCCCGCCUGCUCGCAGCUGGCGCCGCCCGCCGACGCCCCCAUGGAGGUCGGCCACCCAGCCGCACGGCGCACCGCCUCCAGGCACGCCGCGGCACCGCACCUCGCCACCGGGGGUCGCUUCUGUACGCGCCGCUGCUGCCGGGUCGCGUCUACGGAGCAAGCGUCUCAGUACGUGUGCCACGGGUCGCCGGCGCGCGCGCCACUUCUGCGCAGGCGCACUAGCCUGCGUACGGAGGGGGACCUGCUCGUGCGCGAGUCUGAGCUGCGAGCGCGCUUCAAGAGGCUGCAGGGCGCCCAGCGCGCCGAGCUCGCGCGACGGCCCACCACACUCAGGAUGGAGGGCGAGAUGGAGACGCGCACUGAGCACUUGGAGCGCUUCUGCGAGCCCGGGUCGGGCGCGCGGCGCGCCGAGCUCAGCAAGCGGCGCACGCAGCUGCAGCUGGAGGGCGAGCACGCCCGCGACACAGAGUCCCGCGCCAGCUUCGCGCCGCCGUCGGCGCAGCUGAGCUCCGAGUACCGCGCGCUGUUCGCGGACUUCCCGCAGCGCGACCCGCCCGUGCGCCGGCGGCCGCCUCAGGGGAACCUCGCGCCGGGCCCCGGAGAAAUGGAGAAGGUGACGGAGAAGCGGGCGCACUUCGUGGACUGGACGGGCGUGGCGGAGCGGCCGCGUCCGCACCGGCGCAGUUCGAGCCUCAAGCUGGAGAUGGAGAUGGCCGGCGGUAGCGGCGGCGGCGCGGUGCUGCCCGAGUACCGGGAGCGCUUCGUGGAGUUCCCGGCGGUGGCGCGCCCGCCGGCCGCCACCAGGGCGCUGGCGCAGUCGCUGCGCCUCGAGGGGGACCUGCUCACCGAGACCGAGAAGAGCUCCCAGUUCGUCGACCACUACUCGCCCGUGGCGCGCCGCCGCCAGCGCCCGCCCAGCGGAGGCGACGGCGAAGGCAGCGGCACCGGCACCGGCACGCUGCCCCCGCUAGCCACGGCUGCGCAGCGCCCCGCUGCCGGCAAGCGCACCGAGGACCAGGCCACCAGGGACCAGCAGAAAGCGCCGGCUACGCCGCGAGUCGGCUCCCCGUCGCCGUCGGCGGGCAGUGGGCGGCGGCGUCCCACGUCUGCCUCUCCCCACAGGCAGCAGACAGAGCAGCAGACAGAGCAGCAGCAGCAGACCAAGGUCGCCAGGCCGGCCGACACGCAGCUCGAGGACGCCGAGGAGUCCGCCGCCAACCACCAGUCGCCGCCGCCGCCGCAGCCGCAACAGCUCCUCGCUGUACCCGUCAGUGAGGAGAAGCCAGCGCAGCCGACGCCUGGAGCCGCUGCGCAGACUGCCAGCCUGCCGCCGCUGCCACCGCCAGCUCCAGCUCCAGCUCCAGAGAGCAAGUCUUCCAGCGGCUGCAUCGGCGGCACCACGGACCGCCGGCUCACCAAGCUGCGGCCGGAGCCCGAGGCGGCCGAGCGGCGCCGCCUGCGUCCCGCCGCCCCCGGGGAGGUCUACCGAGCCUUCCACGUCCUCGAGAAGCCCGAGAAGACGGUCACCUUCGAGAUGGAUGUACGGCCGCCCACGAGGGGCCGCAGUGUGUCACGCAGCGGCCGCGGCAGCCGCUGCUCCGACGAGCGUGGCAGCUGCUCGCUGGACCGUGCGCUGUCCCCAGGCUACCGGAUGCAAGUGCUCAAUGUGGACGACAACGGCAACAGCGCUCCACAGCGUCAGCCAGACGUCGCCCCAACCGACACUGAAGGCACCGCAGCCGCUCCAAGGCCUACCUCGCCCACUGCACGCCGUGCUUCAUCACCACUACCUCUUCCACGACGUCGUGGUAGUCACAUAAGACGUGACAAUGCAAGACAUGCAUUUAUUGUCCUAGAUAAUGAUAAUGGCAACAAUGAUAAUGGUAACAACAGUAACUUAAAUAAUAACAACAACACAACCAGAAGUGGAAUGCUUGAUGUUCCUAGGGGACGAGGAGGGUGGGUACCCUCUUGGUAUAAUGCUCCAACUUCUAUUUAAGAAAUAAUCGUAUAGUAUAUGUAGCUCUCUCCUCAUUUGUGAGAUGAAUAUCUUCAUAAAAAAUUGUGGAUGUUGAAGUAAAUCAGUAUUAUUUAAACUGUUGCUAUGUUAAACACAAUUCUUCAAUGGAAAGUUACAAAAGAAAUGUAAAUUAUUAUCAUGCAGAAGUAAAAAGUCACAGAUACAGUUUAACCUGGAGUUCUGAUUUAUCAUUGUGGUGUAUAAUUCUAUGAAAAAUGGAUAUAAUAUAUGAAUGAGAAACAGUGUGGUGCUGACAGUCACAUAGGUGUUAAAAUAGAGUUUUUGACAAUUGAAGGGUUGUACAUAUAAAAUGUAUCUGAUACUUAUAAAAUGUAUCUGAGCAAAGACACGUUGGUGAAAUGUAAAUCUUCAGUAUGGUACUGUUUGCUACUGAGAUUUUGUUGUC